CUUGAAUGCAAUGAUGGGUUUGAUAGCAGGGGUUAUUCUUACUGUUUUUGCCUAAUCCAGAAUCAGGAAUCUCUCUUCCUCCAGCUAUAUUUUAUCAACUAAAAUAAAGACUCAAGAUGCUCGACACGUUUGUAUAGCACUAUCAGAUUUUGACUGCUGGCUGCCUGAUCUCUUUUUUUUGCACUCAGAAACUACAACACCCUUCAAUGGCAGUGAAUUCCAAGAACAAUAAUGUUUGGCACUAAAUUGCAACACGCACUCAGCCUGCCCUUUGCGUUGAAAGUGGAGUCUGAGAUGUCGAACUGGGCAAACAAUAGAACAAAAUGAAGGUGGUUUGUCAACUAUUCAACAGAUGAUUCCGUGAUAGCAUUGAUCUUUUUUUUUCCCAACACAACUGUUUUUUUCUGAUAAUUGUGAUCGUAUGCAAACACAACACUGACGUCAGCUGGCAACUACUUUGUGAAGAUAAGAAGCAGUUUUAUCUUCAGUGUGAGGCAAAAGAACUGAGUCACUUCAUCCUCAAUGCCACACUCCACUAUGGAAUUCCUGUUGAUUGGUGGGUCGAGUAGAAAAACCACAGACUUCAGCACAGUUACUGAGUUACAGUGUUAAAGAGCACAGAAAUGCUGUUCUGACUGAAUUUUAUAUAUAUAUACAGAAUAUAAUUAAUCAUACAAAGAACUUUUAUCGUAUACAUUAAUGUUAUUUACAUUGUUUGGCUGCAAUAAAUUGUUUAUAAUAAGACAAGUGUGAUGAAUUCAGUGAAAUGUGUCUUUGAGAAAGUGUUAAAGUGAAUUGUUGAAGGGAUAUAGAGCAAGGAGUUCACAGCUGUAGAUGCUGAAGGAUAAGCCCAACUGGUCCAGCAAAACCGUUUGAAUGGAUAUUCUGAUUUGGACCAGAGCUGGCAGGUGUGAAGUCUGUCCUGAACUUGAUACUUUUUCUGUCUGAUGGCUUCUACGCUGGGUCUGCAGACAAUAAUUCUGAAUUGUGAAAGGUAUUACGGAUGGUUUUUCAAUACAAGUACAAUAAAAUCUUCUUACCCUUAUUUCUUACCUUGAGAUAACAAAGAGAUGUAAGAAAAUCUCUUGAUUUAAAAGGCAAGUUAUUUGACCUUUCCACAUGAUACUACCAUAACUUAAAGAAAUUGCACUACGCAUGGUAUUUGUUUAAAAAACAAGCUGGCGUUUGACAGUAACGCUGUCUAUCUGUGACUGUUAUGCCGUUCUUCCAGUUUCCUUGCUAAGCAUUAGUUUAGUCACCAAGCAACCGCUGGCAACCAAUGAAAUGUGACAUUACUAGAAGACUGUCCACUGAGAGAGACGCUUGUUUCGUCAUCUGGGAGCGGGAGGUUCGUAUUUUUUCCCCACAUUGAUUUUUAGAGCUAGUUGUCCGAAACUUUAAAAGAAGUUAUUUUAAAAAAACAGAACACCAAAACGUCUGUGCUACCCGGACCAAAACAUAGAAUUUGACGACCAUGCAGUAGCUACUUUGCAUAGCUCCGAGACCUCCUCGUACUAUGGCCGCGGCCAGCCUGAUGGUUUUGUAUGAAGACGAGUCGGUGGAGGUACGGUACAGCGAUGGCUCCUGGCUCCAGCUCUCUCCCUGUGGAUCGGAAUUCCUUUUCGACAAAACGCCUCCCAUUUCGGCUCAUCCACUACAACCCAGCGAGAGGAUCCGGCAAAGAACACGCUUCGUCAUCAGCAGCUAUAAAGAACUGAUUGUCCAGGCUUUGGAAUUCAGGAAUAGGUUUGCCAGUCGUCCGUACCUCCCUGCAGAGCUCAUCCCUGCUGACAAGAGAGCUUCACUACCCAAAACUCGUGACCAUAGGUGGGCGUUGGGACAUAGAUCGACUGGAAAACCAAGAGCUUCAUCCAGAAACUAAGCUCACACUUCACCACCGCAGUUCGGCAAAGCAUCUGGAUGACUGCAGCCUCUCAUGAUCCUCUAUACUCUCACUCGUGAACAAAACCCUCUUACUUAAAUUUCACCACUUGUGGCAGCUGCCUUCACCUGGAGAGAGCAAACCAUGACCUCAUAAUUGGAGGUGCUAUUCCUCAUCCCGACCGCAUCGCACUCAGCUGCAAAUCUUGCAAAUGCCCACUGAAGAUCACAGUCAGAUGAGGCAAAGGAGACAACAUCAUCCUUAAACACCAGAGAUGCAACCCUCAGGUCCAUAAAGUGGAUACACUCCAAAUCCCAGCUGCCCCUUGAUAUAAUGUCCAUGAAGAUCACUAAAAAGGAGAAGAGACAAGAUGCACCUAAGACUCUGCCAAGUGUCUUGUACAAAAAUAUCCAAUAUAUUUUUGCUCUCAUUGUCAUUUGGUGAUAAAGUAAUGAAAUUAGUAAUUAGACGAGGAGGACAUUAACAAAUGUCUAUUAUAUCGUAAUACAGAUAAUCUCUGUGCUAGUCUUCUCAGGCCUGCCGCAAAAUAUACCGUACAUCUGAAAGGUCAGGAAACCCAACUUUGAAUUCUCUCUAAAAAAUACAUAGUUAUUUAAUUGUUCAAGGUAAAUAAACACAUUCAGUCUCUUUAAAAAAUCAUUACUAUUCCUCUGAAGAUAAAUUGGAAAUGUUUUCUUCUAUAGCUGUUGCAAGGCUGAAAUUUCAAAGUAGCUUUCAAGAUGGGCAAAUACUGCUGAAAUUGGGCUCAAUUGGUACACUUACUGCACUCUUUUAGUGGCAUUUUACACUUGCUUUUUUUCAUGGGGCAAAACUGAGCUGGGUGGCACUGAUCUUCAAGGUUUUUUCUGUUAGAAUAGUAUGAAGCAGGAGGAUUUCUUGUCCAAAUUUGAAUACUAUAAGCAAAAUUACAACAAUAUGCAUGUUUAUUGUUUACAGUCGUGGAUGAGGUGGUUG